CACUCGCUACAUUGGCAGGCGGAGUAGCCGUAUUCCUCUAAAUCUCGGUGCAAUUCCCACUUCCUCCCUCGCUCGCACGUCCUCCCCCUCUUUGAUCUUCCUUACGAUCAACUCAAUUCAACUCAACUACUCAACUCAAACAUAUGGACUAUAUCUCCCCCACCCUCGGUCUCGAUCUCGGUCUCACAAAGCAUCUACCACUGGAUCGAUCAUCGCGUUGCACUGCCUUUGCCAAUCUCCUUUUCUCCUUCUUCUUCCUUUCCCCCUCUUCCCUCAAGUGCUUCUACUCUAGACACCUCUCCUCCCUCUAUUCUUGCCCUCGUCUCGUCUCGUCUCGUCUAGCCCUUAGAUAUCCUUUCUGUUUCUCUUUCCUUUCAUUUUUUUUUCCCCCAAUUAUUGCUUGGACAUGUACUGCUUGCUUGCUUGCCUGCUUGCCUGCUUGCCUGCUUGCCUGCUUGCCUGCUUGCUGCUCGCUGCCCGUUGUGACGAAGCGAUUUCCUUCACUCUUCACUCUUCGCUCUUCGCUCUUCGCUCCAAGGGAGAGGGGAGGGGAGGUCCGAAGGGGGCCGCCCUUCCUUGAGAUGAUCUUAAGAGAGAGAGAAAGGCUGUUCGCAAAGUUCUUCGCUUGCUUGCUUGCUUGCUUGCCUGAAAGAGGUACUGCUACUGAUAGCAAUAAUCGAUCGAUCGACUUCUUGCUGUUGCUGUUGCUGGUGCUGGUGAAGUGACAAUUGACACUGCACUGCACUGCACUGCACAGCACUGUAGAGCCACAUACAUGCCUUUUGUCCAGCUCAGGCGUUCAGGUCCAGAGCCAGAUCCAGAGCCAGCCUGUAGCGCAGCGUAGCACCCGCUGGCUCGCC